GCUGGCGCGGGGUGUCUCAGAGGCUGCGCUCCUUCCAUAGCCGGAGGACGUACAGCUCCCUCCCCAGCCUGCCUGUGCCAACAACCCCCCAGAAGUUGUGAUGCUUUUCUUUACCCAGUGCUUUGGGGCUGUGUUAGAUCUCAUUCACCUCCGCUUUCAGCACUACAAAGCUAAACGGGUUUUCUCCGCUGCUGGGCAACUUGUCUGCGUCGUCAACCCUACGCACAACCUAAAGUAUGUGUCCAGCUGCUGCGCCGUCACUCAGAGCGCGCCAGAGCAAGGCAGCCUCCCCCCUCAUCACCUCGCCCACCACCACCGCCGCCACCGGCCCCACCGCCACCUCCAUCACCACCGGCCCCACCUCCUCCACCACCAAGAAGCGGGGCUGCACACUGCCCGGGUGACACCCUGCAUGUGCCCCUUGUUCUCCUGCCAGUGGGAAGGCCACCUGGAGGUGGUGGUGCCGCACCUGCACCAGAUGCACAGGGUUGACAUCCUUCAAGGAGCAGAGAUAGUCUUCCUGGCCACGGACAUGCACCUCCCCGCGCCAGCCGACUGGAUCAUCAUGCACUCCUGCCUCGGCCACCACUUUCUGCUGGUGCUCAGGAAGCAGGAGAGGCAUGAAGGGCACCCCCAGUUCUUUGCCACCAUGAUGCUGAUCGGGACCCCCACCCAGGCCGACUGCUUCAACUAUCGCCUGGAGCUCAACAGAAACCAUCGGCGCCUCAAAUGGGAGGCCACCCCGCGGUCUGUCCUUGAGUGUGUGGACUCAGUGAUCACCGACGGGGACUGCCUUGUCCUCAGCACCUCACUAGCCCAGCUCUUCUCUGACAACGGCAGCCUUGCCAUCGGAAUCGCCAUCACUGCCGCAGAGGCCUGCGCCGCAGAAGCCGAGACGUGAAGCGCGAGGCCAGCCAGUGCUCCCACACGGCCACCCCUCCACCGGGAGACGCUGCCUGGGCCUCCUGAUCUCCCAAGGCCAGGGCUCCAGACUCCUUUUUAUUCUUCUCCCUCCUUCCAUCCUUUCUUUUUCUGUCUCAGGUACUUUGUGGUAUUUGUUAUUUGUCUGCCAUGAGCAUUACAUCAUGUAAACAUCUUGUGAUUCAAGAUCUUGGUGUGAUAUUUGUCCUGAUUUGUUGGUAUAGUUUUAUAGAACAGUUUUAAUCAGAAUGGUUAUUUCCUGCCACCCCCAAUUUCCUUCUCCACUGCUUCCAAAAUGAGCAAAAGUCACUGGGACCAUGCAGAGUUGCCAGGAGAGAUGGCAUCCAAAUCAUUUCUUCCUUCUCUUUUCGGUCUAUUUCAGAGUAAGCUGACUCUGAAAUGUGUGAGGACAGCAGGUUGGAGAAGGGGACCUGGUCAGCUCAGAGAGGUAGUUCACACCAAGCAGACACAACUCUGCCACCUCCCAAGGACACGCAGGGGGCAGGCUGAGCUGCAGGACAUGAGGAGACGGCAUCUCCCCCGAAGUCCCGGGCAUGGGGCUGGAGGGACCAUCAUAGGAUAAGCUUGAUCCUGGGGCUUAGCGGGUGGGCACGUGGUGAGCCCUCUGCUGGCAGCCUGCCAUGGGCUUGCUCUUGGCCUGGCCCAUCUUUUCCUGCUCUGGAAAUCAAGGUCCUCAAGUGGCGGUGCUUUCUUGAAAAUUUCUUGGCUCUUGGUUGAGCUGGUAGUAAAAAAGGAUGGAUAGGCAAGACAGGGGUGGGUGGGCAGAGAAGCAGCUGAAAAAAACAAAGGAUGAAAUUAAUUUCCCACCUCUGGGAGGGUUUUCUCUGCUCAGAGAGUUUUAUUAUCAAGUUAUAAAAUCCAUCAGUCCUUUCACUAAGGUGGAGCACUUCUGCAUCGUGCAAGGAAUUUACUUUGCUCUCGAUACUUCGUUAAACCAGAACCACAACUCAGCAUCAAAGGCAUGGAACUUGGAAAGUGUUUCUGGGACUCUGCCCUGGAGGUCAGAGGCCACUCAUACACCUGGGAGGGUCCUCUUCCCUGUCCUUGUUUCUCAGACGCUCCGGGGGCCCCAUUCAGCAUGCAAACGGUAUCACUGGUCAGCUAUGCAUUCAGCAGCCUGUGGCAGUGUGAAUGGAAAGGCAACAAAAAUCCAUCUUGCCUCUGUGUAGACUGCUUUCUCUUACUUGUCUCUCCUAACAGUUCAGCCUCUUCUCAUGAAAGCCUCUUGGGUAUUCGAACAAAGUAAGCAUGUUUAGUCAACUUUGUCUCUUCUAUUCAAAGGCGAACACCUUUAAGCCUUCCCAGAAAGCCCUCUCCUGCUUCUGCCGCUCUGCGUCCCCUUGGCCCCUCUCGGCUGCUGGAAAGCUCAGCACCCAAGCCCCGCCAACACUCAUCAGGAUCGAGGGGGCCUUUCACCAGCCAGACAUCGUCUCUGCACCAUUGCCUCACCUUCGCUGUCUUGACCGGACCCUGGCAGUACUUACUUUCAGGCAGCUUGUCCUGACUGGACAUCAGCAAUCUUUCCCACCAAAACUAAUUUAUCCUGAAACGUAACUCCCUCUCCCCAACAACUGAGUAAUCCUCCAGCCACCCACGCUGCCAACCCAUGCUCUAAGCCCCAGAAGGGUGGUGCCAGUCAACAAAUCCCAUAACACAGCCCCUUCUAGUCACACAGGAAUUGCUGGGACUCUGGGGCCAAGCUUUCAUUAGGUUAGAGCCCUAAGGGGGCCAAUAAACAUCAUGUCCACUGACUGAGUCAAAUAUCAGGUCCACUGGCCUGAGGAAAGGGUUGUAAUCCUUUUGGUCAGUCAGCACAUCCCCCCAGGGCACCACCUCCCCUGGUGGCCACCCAGGAACAAGCGGAGGCUGGCUGGCCAGCACCGGGAGAGACAUGGCUCCGCACCUUACCCCCAGGCCGCUCCCCAGAACCUCAGACCUCCUUGCCUGUGAGUCUGAAACCUCGGGAAGCCACAUUUCCUCCCCUGGUUUCUGCUAUUCAACCACUUUGAAAACAUUUAUGUAGCAUCACAGG